UCAGACGUCACACCGGCGCAUUUCCAGGUCGAUGCAGAGACAGAAGAUCUCCAUAGGGGGAACAGACCAGUGAUGUGACGGAGUGAGGGCAAAGGCAAGGCCAGCAGAACUCCUAAAUGGAAACUCCCUUCUCUUCAUUUUGCACCCAGCCCCCUCCUAGGUCGUCCUUACAGGGUGCGGGACUUCAUCCUGAGAAGCACUGAUGCUGAAAAACAUUUGGGGGUUGUGGUGGAUAAUCAGCUGAACCACCAGCUAGAGACACCACCUGGCACCGCUUGUGAGGGAGGAGAGCUCCCUCCUGGCAUCAUGAUCCGGAGACUCCUGGACAGGCCCUGCACCUUGGCCCUGCUCAUUGGCUUCCAGUUUGCCUUCAUGGUGUACUUCUCCUUCGGCGGCUUCCGGAACCUGACCUCCAUCUUUGGGCGUGACUCAAACCCCAUCUUCGACUACUCCCGCACCCGGGACGUGUACACCAACCUGAGUCACCUCCUGCCCCGGCCGCCUCCAGGCGGCAGCCCCACCGGGUCCCUGCCCUACUGCCCUGAGCGCUCGCCCUACCUCAUUGGCCCCUUGACAGUUAGCUUCAGUCAGGUGCCAACGCUGAAGCAGAUCAUGGAGAAGAACCCGGCGGUGAGGGAAGGGGGCAGAUACCAACCCGUGACCUGCGAGCCCCGCUCCCGUACGGCCGUGAUCAUCCCCCAUCGUAACCGGGAGACACACCUGCGCCACCUGCUCUACUAUCUGCACCCCUUUCUGCAGCGCCAGCAGCUGCAGUACGGCAUCUAUGUCAUCCACCAGGCUGGGAACUCCACCUUCAACCGGGCCAAGCUGCUGAACGUGGGAGUGAAGGAGGCUCUGAGGGACGAGGAGUGGGACUGCCUCUUCCUGCAUGAUGUUGACCUCAUCCCUGAGAACGACCACAACCUGUACACCUGCGACCCCUGGAGCCCCAAGCACGUCUCCAUUGCCAUGAACAAAUUUGGUUACAGCCUCCCGUAUGCCCAGUACUUCGGCGGUGUGUCAGCGCUUACCCCAAAUCAGUAUUUGAAAAUGAACGGCUUCCCCAAUGAGUACUGGGGCUGGGGUGGGGAGGACGAUGACAUCGCCACCAGGGUGCGUCUGGCUGGCAUGAAGAUCUCGCGCCCCCCCAUAUCGGUCGGCCACUACAAGAUGGUGAAGCACAAAGGCGACCAGGGCAAUGAGGAGAACCCGCACCGGUUUGACCUGCUGAUCCGGACGCAGAGGAUGUGGACACAGGAUGGCAUGAACUCGCUCACCUACACGCUGCUGGCCAAGGAGCUGCAUCCCCUGUACACCAACAUCACUGCUGACAUCGGGACCGACCCCCGGGCACUGAAGGGCAGGAAGGGGUCUGUGCCUGGCUUUGGGGGACAGAAGUACAAGACUGGGACCAACCAUGAGUUCAGGCAGGAGAUGCUGCGCAAAACACAUCCUGCCAAGCUACCCUGGGCCACGGCAAAGGGGGGGGAGCAGCCCCCACCCCUGCCCCAGAAGUCUGGACAGCAUGCUGGCCGGGGAGCGCCCACAGCCCCUGGGACACAGAGCGAGGGGCCUGGAGCUGCUGCAGGCCAGCUGGGGGGCAGGGAAGGGGCUGCAUGGGACAGCACCCAGAGGAAGGCCCAGGGGGGAGCUGUGGACAGCUCUGGGCCUCAGCGUGGAGCUGCUCAGGGCACCCAGCCGAGUGCCGGCAUCCCUCCACAGAGCCUUGAUGCAUUGCAGCACAGCCAGGAGUCCUCCAGCAAGGGGAAACCUGACUCCGGGGCAAUGGAUUUGGGUGGGGCUGAGAAUGCAGGGGGCAGUGCCCCACAGGCCCUGGCCCAAGGGCAGCUCCCUGAGGCCCCCCAGACACAAUGGGACAAUCAGACCUUCCCACCGAGCACCCACUAACCAGAGAGGGCCCUGGACAUCAGGAAUGGGGUCAGGGCAGCCAGAAACUCGCUGUGUGAGCUGAGCCCUUCCCAGAACAAACCCCAUGGGUCACACUGGGCUGCAGGCCCUGGCCCUGUGCUGCUCCCAUGUGCCAGGCUGGGCUGUGAGGCCUGGCACCCAGGGGCUCCUGCCCAGGCCAGGAGUGGACAAGUCUGCAGGGUGAGCCCUUUGAGCUGAGUCUGAUAGGUCUUGGGCCUGUUCAUAGUGGGACAGGGCCCACCAGCCAGCUUGCCCCCACUGUUGGCACCUUUGGCUGCAGCCUCAGCACAGGCUGUGGCUUGGAGUCUCCCAAGCUGGGCUGUAAGGCAGAGAAGGUUGGCCCAUGGCUGGCUGUCUUGGCCCAGGAAACCAUCCUGCUGGGGCAGUAGAUCGGGGCAGAGCCUAGUAGCACAGGAGGUAGGGGGUGGUUUUCAGCAAGAAGGCUAAGCCCCCAGGAGUGAGACUGGUUGUGUUAGUAUCUGCUGCAUCUUCAUGAUGGGGCCCUGACCCUUGGGUGUGGUUACAGUGCGUCCCUGGCUAGGUCCUAAAGUCAGUCCUGGCCUGCUGCCAGGGAGAAACAGGUGCACCGGUGCUCUGGGCGCUAGCUGGCUCAGGCCCCCUAGAAUCCUGGUGCUAGUGGGUGUUCAAUCCAAGUGCUAGCUGUAGGCUCUUCCUGAGCCCGGGUGCCCUGCCCAAGACCCCUUCCCCCUCAGCAGAGCUGAGCCCUUAAGUCUCAACCCCUCCCAUCCUGCUGAGCUCCUGAGAACAAGCUGAGCCAAAAUCCCUGUGCUGGAGGUGGGGCAAGCUCAUGUGCAUCCCCUUCCCUCCCCCAGCCUGACCCAUACUGGCAGUGAGGGGGGGCCUAGUCCCUGCAAGUUGUACUGUAGAACGCCCCCACCUGAUUACUCUGCCUGGGCCAAUCGUGAACUGCAGUGGGGCCCCAGGCUGCUCAUAGCACCCACUGCUCUGUGUCUCUGGGCGUUGUGUUCAGCUGCUGGCAGGCCCUUUGUCCUGGAAUUGGCUGCUGCCACCCCUCGGUGUUGCAGUGUGCCCUGGCCAAGCUGCUGAGUGGGGCACUGGGAUUGGGGGAGGCUGGCUCAACUCUGACCCUUCACCCUGGAGCUGUUAUCCCUUGGUGCUGGAUUUACAUACCACCCUGGUCUCCUGCUGCUGCUGUGUUAAUCCUCUGCAGAGGGGGGCCCCUGUGCCCUGAGGGGAAGCACUCCUGGAGGUGGGCAGCACAGUGCAGGGAGCUGCUGUCUGAGGGGGGGAGGGGGACUGGGCUCCCUCCUUUCCUAGAGGCUGGUACUUGCCUUGUGCCUGACUCCCCUGGCCCUGUCUAUGGUGGCUUUUGAGCUGGGGAGCUGCUAGCCUGUGCUCAGGCUUUUGGCCAUGUCCUUCCCCCAAGCCCUGUUGCAGCUGGGUGCCCUGCUCUGGUAUGGAGGAGCCAGGGCAUUCAGCACCAGCAGCCUCCAGUGUACCUAGCUGUGCCCUGGGCGCACACAGCCUGCUGGGGCUACAGGAGCCUCCAGGGGAGCAGCUGGGCAAAUGGCCAGGACUGGUCCUGCUGCUUGGAGCAGCAGGGAGAGGAGCCCUCUGACUGGGCUUCCAGCUGGAGCCUUUCCCCUCCCCCCUGCUCUGGGCACUAGUGGCACUGGUGCCUGGACAGCCCUAGCCCCAGUGGCAGCUGCUCAAGGGUCCAUAAGCCCAGGGCACCUCCAAACACAGCCAGGGUGCCAGCUGCUGCUGCAGGCCUGGCUUAUACCUGCUAAAAGGCCUCCAGGCAGCACCUUUCCCGGCACUGAGUUCACUUUAAGGGAUGCGUGCUGAGUAGACUGUGCUUAGAGAGCCAGGCUGCUCCCAUCCCCUCCCCCUAGAACAGUUUGUGACCUAGGGGGCUGUCUAGCCCCCACCCCUGUGGUGGUUGGGGGAGCCCAGGGGUUGAUCCUCCUCCAGCUGUUGACAAUUUGCUGUGGUUAUUUAUUUAGGAACGUGCUGGCCGUGCCUGGCUGCACCUGCACCAUGCAGGAGCUGAAUAAAAUAUUUGGUCAUACAGUGG